AGCCGCCCCGCCCGGAGCCAAGAUGGCGGCGGCCGCGCGCGCGCUGCGGGUCCUUCCCCGUGCCCUCCAUGUCCCCAGCGCCACCCGGCAGCUCCACACCAGCCCCGUGUGCCUCAAGACGCGGGCGGCGCGGGUGCGCGUGGGCAAAGGUGACAAGUUGGUGACCUACGAGCAGGCGCACGCCCCCCACCACAUCGGGCACCGCAAGGGCUGGCUGUCCCUGCACACCGGGAACCUUUGUGGCGAGGCGGGCGCUGCCCAGCGGGCUCUGGAGGACGCUUUCCUGCGGCGCUUCCUGGCCGGGACCUUCCCGGGGCUCCUGCUGGAGCAGCCGGUGCUGAAGCGCCGCGGGAACCUGCUGGUGAUCUGUGCCCUGCUGGCGCGGGCACUGCCACCCCACAAGCUCUACUUCCUGCUGGGCUACGCCGAGACCCUGCUGGGCCACUUCUACAAGUGCCCCGUGCGCCUGGAGCUGCAGACCCUGCCCGCCCGCGUGCCCUACAAGUUCCUCUAGGGAACACACCUGGGAAUGUUCCUAAAAAUCCCAUAAAGGUUCCUUAAAAACCCGUAAAUGUUCCUAAAGGAAUGAUCUGGGGUAUCCUCAGUGUCCCCACAAGUUCCUCUAGGGAAUAAACCUACAAAUGUUCCUAAAUAAAUCCAUAAAUGUUCCUAAAA